UAGAAACCAUCAUUAUUUUCCUACUUGGGUCGAUGGAAGGUAGAACUGUGCCUCAUGCCUAUCCCAUGAGUGCAGAAUAUGAAUUUGCUAACCCAACCAAAAUAUUUGACCAAAACUUUGGAGAAGGAAUUUCCCCAGAGGAUCUUCUGUGCCCUACAUUAUACCAUGGUUAUUACAUCAGGCCAAGGAUUAACAAACAAACAGAUAGGGGCUUUUCUGAAAUCAAUAGAAAUGAACACAAAUUCCAAGUAUUCCUAGAUGUUUGUCAUUUUCUCCCAGAUGAGAUCAGCGUUCAUACAAUGGACAACCUCCUAGAAGUAUCUGCAAAGCAUCCACAGAAGAUUGAUAGCCAUGGCUUUGUUAGUAGGUCAUUUAACAGGAAAUAUAUCUUGCCGUUGGAUGUAGACCCUCUACUAGUAAAAGCGAAGUUGUCCCACGAUGGAAUCUUAAGUAUUGAGGCUCCCAGGAAAGAAGUGGACCUGAAAGGAGAAAACAAUGUGGUAAAGAUAAAAGUUCAAAGGUCUCCUGUAGCAGAAGCUAAAUGUUCCAGAGAGAUGACCAAAGACUUAUAACCUUAUAACAAACUGUUGUAAUAACAAAUUAUUAAUUGGCUCUUACAGUGUAGAUCUGGUUUUUCACUAACUUCUGUAAAAAGGGUGGAAAUUGGGCAGGGGGCACAUAAAUAAGCAAAUCAUUUAAACAUUAAAUAAACCCAAUAGGAUUGUUUUGGCAACAACAUUGAUUCCUACAGCUUAUCAAGCACAAGCUACUGUUUUA